UCCCACCAAAAGAUUAAAAAAAGCAAAAGUACAAGCUCUCUUAAGCGCCACGUACAAGUCAUAAGGAGCAAUGAAAUGAAUAAUAGAGAAAGUAGUUAUUUCAGCGUUUUCCGGAAAGACAAGUUUUAUCGUAUGAGAACAAACGGAUAUUACUGAAAAGCGUGAAAGUAGCAAUAACAGUGAUAUUAUGUAAGGGCCAAGGAACGAGGAGGUCGGGUCGCCCAGACCAUUAUCUCUGUCUCUCCCUCUCUUCGGAUCUCAAAUUUUCCAAAUGUUUUCUCCGCAAAUUCCAUCAUACCCAUCUCACUAAAAAGAUCAAUAAAGAUUAUGGCAUCAGCAGAAGCAAAACCUGCAUGGCAGCGUAGUGCUGCUAAUCACUUUUCUUGCAGCACAUCCUCAUCAUCUUCCUCAAGAUUAGAGUCUGAUAAUACACCUGAUAAUGAUGUGAAAGGGCCACACGACAAAUGUGCAGGUUUCCUGCCAUUUAACCCGAAUUAUGAUGUACUAAGUGAUAGAAAAUGGUGGUUAAACCUACAACCUAACCCUGGGCAGUAUAAGGAUAUCAUGAGUGAGCAGCUAAGUACCUUGGAGGCUGAAGUACUUGAAGUUUUAAGUUAUGAAUUUAUUAGUAAAACUGCAAAUAGCUGUGAGGAUCAAAGCAAGGAGGAAUUCAGUGCUAAAGCUGGUAAUUCUUUUGAGGAGUCGCUCUGGGAUGUCAUUGCCACUUCUAUGAAAAAUGACCAGGAUACCGUUCUGCAAGAACUCAAAGCUGAAACUCAUAAUGAUCCACAAAAAAAUUCAACAAAAAAGGAUGCAACUGAUUUCUGGUACUCAGCUGACCAUUACAUGAACAUGGAUUCUUUGAACUGCUUGGCUUCUCAACAACCCAGAAAGCUGUCUUCUGAUAUGGGAUCUCAAUGGCUUGGAACUGAGAAGACUGAACCAUGGUGGAGGACUGCUGGAAAAGAUGAUUUGGCUUCCUUGGUAGCUCAGAAGUCACUUGAGCAUAUUGAGAACUGUGAUCUUCCACGACCACAGGGUAAGAAUUAUAGGAAUAGCACAUUUGCUGGUCCUGAGAGUGUUGAUCAAGAUGAGAUUUUGGCAUCAUCUUUAGACAGAAUGGCUCAGACCCAGUUUUCUAACCAUGACUUUUGCACUCAGAGAAGCCACUUUUCAAGUUCCCCAGCUCAUGACUCAGGCCUGCCUUUCAGCAGCAGCUCAAAUGGUUAUAGCACAACAAGAACUGAUGAGGCAGGUACCCAAAAUAUUUUUGAUGAUGAUCAAACCAAGGCUCAGCUGAUGGAGGCCCUUUGUCAUUCUCAAACAAGAGCAAGAGAAGCUGAGAAAGCGGCAAAGCAAGCCUAUACUGAGAAGGAGCACAUUAUCACACUCUUUUUCAGACAGGCAUCACAAUUGUUUGCUUACAAGCAGUGGCUCCGGUUGUUGCAGUUAGAGAACCUGUGCCUCCAGCUUAAGAACAAAAAUGAACUCUUCCCAUCUGUCUUACCUUGGGUACCUUCCAAAGGUAGGCAGAUGAAAAAGGGUCAGCACAGGUCUGGAAAAAGGAAGCAUGGCAAACCAGGACAUGAGCUCCGCAAGUCUGUUGUUGCUUUCGCAUUGGGGCUGGGUCUUGCCGGUGCUGGUUUGCUCCUUGGGUGGACAAUGGGGUGGUUGUUUCCAUCUGGAUAAGCCAGUCUGACCUUGUGGUUGCUUCCUGUUUCCUGUUUCAUGGUUUUUUUUUUUUUUUUUUUUUUUUCUCUUGGUUGAUGUUUAUUUCGGAAGGCAGGUUGCAAGGUUUGGUAACUGUUUCUUGUGUAAGUAUUAUUAUCUUCAUAUGCAUCUACCUGUCAAUAUCUUCUAAUUAUGUAAAUAUAAGAGGAUAUAUUUUCUGUGCAAGAUAUAUAGUUAGAUGUAAAUUACAUAUGUUUUAGUAAAAUAGUAUUUGACUUUUUCUUCUUGUAUUUUA